AUGAAUAGAAUUUCUUUGCUGUACACUCCUCAAGGGCAUAAAAUUGUAGACCCUAGGGAAAUUACUGUGGAAAUUCAGAAAUUCUAUAUGGCUCUUCUAGGUACAGCUGCUACUCACAUUUCUAAGCCUGAUCUCCCCACUCUUAGGUCAGGUCCAAGAUUGUCUAGAACUGCAGCUCAAUCUCAUCAGGUUGACCUAAAAAAAGCUUAUGACUCAGUUGACUGGAGCUUUCUUCAAACUGUUCCGCAAAAGCUAGGGUUCCCUCAAGUGUUUGUGAAGUGGAUCAUGACUUGUCUUACAACUGUUUCCUACUCUAUUCUCAUCAAUGGCUUUCCUAGCAAACCAUUUCAAGCAAACAAAGGGCUGAGACAGGGGGAUCCCCUUUCCCCUUUCCUGUUUGCUAUUGGAAUGGAAUACUUGACAAGAUAUGACUUAUUAUUGUUUGCAAGAGCUGACAAGGUCUCUGUACAGUUACUUCUUGAAGCUUUUUCCAAGUUCUCUUCUGCUUCAGGCCUUGAAGCUAAUAUGGAUAAAAGUAAUAUUUACUUUGCUGGUGUUUCAAUGUGUGACAAAACAGAUAUUUUAUCUGAUCAGAAAAUCUCAGAAGCUUGCCUUCCUUUCAGAUAUCUAGGGGUGCCACUUUCCUCCAAGAAAUUAUCCUAUCCACAAUGCAAGCCUCUAGAGGACAAGAUUCUGGCUAGAACUAAGGUGUGGUCAGCUAAGUUUUUGUCUUAUGCUGGCAGGUUGUUACUUAUCAAAACCAUCGUGUUUGGCAUGCAGACCUUCUGGUGCCAAAUCUUCAUUUUACCUAAAAGAAUCAUUAAGGAGGUAGAAGCUUAUUGCAGGUGUUUUCUCUGGACUGGUGACACUGCAGCAUCAAAGAAAGCUUUAGUAGCAUGGGAUAAACUGUAUCAACCUAGAAACUCUGGUGGUUGGAAUGUGAAGAAUAUUGCUGCUUGGAACAAAGUAGCCAUUGGGAAAUUGCUGUGGGCUUUGGCUUUUAAGAAAGAUAAACUGUGGGUGCAGUGGGUUGAUAGCUUCUAUAUGAAAGGCCAAAAUCCUCUUCAGAUGUCCACUCCUGGGUCUUGUUCUUGGGCUCUUAAAAAGAUCUUUAAUAGUAGAGAGGUUAUUCUGCAAAUUGGUGGUUGGGACAAAGCUACUGCAAAUGGAAAAUACUGUAUUAGCAAGGUGUAUAAAUUCUUGCAGGGUGUUGCUCCUAAGGUUACUUGGUGGAGAGUAAUGUGCUAUAACAAAGCUAGUCCAAAAAGCCUGUUUAUCACUUGGUUGGCUAUCCUUAAUAGGCUUUAUACUACUGAUAGACUUCAAGCUUGGGGGAUUCAGUGUUUUGAUCAAUGUGUGCUGUGCACAGAUGAGAAAGAAACAGUUGAACAUCUGUUUUUUGAGUGCAAGUUUCCCUCUGCAGUUUGGUCUAAACUGUUCUUGCAGGGUGUUGCUCCUAAGGUUACUUGGUGGAGAGUAAUGUGCUAUAACAAAGCUAGUCCGAAAAGCAUGUUUAUCACUUGGUUGGCUAUCCUUAAUAGGCUUUAUACUACUGAUAGACUUCAAGCUUGGGGGAUUCAGUGUUCUGAUCAAUGUGUGCUGUGCACAGAUGAGAAAGAAACAGUUGAACAUCUGUUUUUUGAGUGCAAGUUUUCCUCUGCAGUCUGGUCUAAACUGUUGUUGCGGAUUGGUGUUCAUAGAGGAGCUACUGGUUUUGCUUCUGAGUUGCAGCAAGUUAUGAAGAGAAGCAGGAAAGUUGGUGUUGCUGAUCAGUUGUAUGUUAUGUGCUUCACUAAAGCCAUUUAUAGUGUGUGGCUUGCUAGAAAUGCUGUAAUCUUUAAAAGGCCUACUAAGAGCAUAGACAAUAUUGUUAGGGAAAUUUUGUUUAAAGUUUGUUGUAGAGGUUCUGAGGAACUUAGGAGUAGAUUACUACACAUUUGA